AUGAUUUAUAGUUGCUGGAAUGUUAGAGGACUAGGAGGGUAUGGAAAAUGGUGCAUGGUGAAAGAAUUGAAGAAAAAAUAUAGAUUGAAUAUGCUAGGCUUGAUUGAAACCAAGAAGGAGUCUGUGUCUAGGUUUGAUGUAGCACGUCUGUGGGGUUGUGAUACGGUGGACUGGGAGUGUGUGGAGUCUGUUGGUGCGUCGGGUGGUUUGCUGUUAAUGUGGGAUAAUUUUCUAUUUACAAGACUAAAUUGCUAUAAAGGGGACGGUUGGCUAAGCGUGGAGGGUAUUCUGACAAAAAACAAUUUCAAAUGUGUUUUCUGCUUGGUAUAUGGUGCACAUGUUAGGAGUGAAAAACUGGUAAUGUGGGAGGAGUUAAGCUACAUGGUGGGUCUUUGUCAGGUUCCGUUUUGCUUCAUGGGAGACUUCAAUGAAAUACUACAGUUGGAAGAAAGGAAAGGUGCUACUAGUCUACCGGCAUCUGUGGAGGAUUUCAAGGACUGGGUACAAGAUUUGCAGUUAGUUGAUUUACCUUUAACUGACCGGAAGUUCACAUGGUUUCGAGGUCAAUCGUGUAGCCGCAUUGACAGGAUCCUGGUCAGUUUGGAGUGGCUUGAGGAGUUUCCAGACACUCGUCUGAAAGGAGGACCACGAGGCCUAUCAGACCAUUGUCCAUUGAUAUUAGAAGACUCUAGAAUCGGUGCGGGCCCAAGACCUUUUCGCAGUUUGGAUUCCUGGUUUACACAUGAGGGAUUUCUGAAGCUGGUAAAGGAUGAGUGGAGGAAACUGUGA